AUGGGGCCGCUAACUCGCGUGCGAUCGUCCGUCCGUGACCUUCUCAAGGGCUCGGAAGAGAAGAAGCGUAACUUCAACGAGACCGUCGAGCUCCAGAUCGGUCUGAAGAACUACGACCCCCAGCGUGACAAGCGUUUCAGCGGUACCGUGAAGCUGCCCAACGUCCCUCGCCCGCGCAUGUCGCUGUGCAUUCUCGCUGAUGCCGCCGAUGUUGACCGUGCGAAGCUCAUUCAGCUCGACUUCAUGACCGUGGAGGACCUGAAGAAGCUCAACAAGAACAAGAAGCUGGUCAAGAAGCUGGCGAAGAAGUACGAUGCUUUCCUGUCCUCGGACGCUUUGAUCAAGCAGAUCCCUCGUCUGCUUGGUCCCGGUCUGUCGAAGGCCGGCAAGUUCCCUUCGCCCGUCUCGCACGCUGAGGACCUCGAGAAGAAGGUGACCGACGUCAAGUCGACCAUCAAGUUCCAGCUGAAGAAGGUGCUGUGUCUCGGUGUGGCCGUCGGUCACGUAGAGAUGACGGAGGACCAGCUGACCGCCAACAUCAUGCUGGCUGUCAACUUCCUCAUUUCGCUGCUCAAGAAGAACUGGCAGAACGUCAAGUCGCUGCACAUCAAGUCGACCAUGGGCAAGCCCCAGCGUCUGUUCUAA